AUGGCAUUGACUUUCGCACAUUUUGGUCCAAAAUCCGGUCUUCUCGUGUACAUGGACGAUCUCAUUUGUUGUUCAUCUACAUGGGAGGGUCAUAUCUCUCUUUUGGAAAAUACCUUUCAAGCGCUACAAGCCGCAGGUCUUACAUUGAAACCGUCGAAGGUACAAUUUGGGCCAAAGGAAGUGAAGUAUUUGGGGCAUAUUCUUUCUGCAGAUGGCAUACGUUUAGGUGAAGAUCGGAUAAAAUCGAUACUAGAGUUGCCAACGCCAACAAACAUCAAAAGUUUGCGAUCAGUCCUAGGAACGGUCAACUNGCAUUUUAUUUGUUGUUCAUCUUCAUGGGAGGGUCAUAUCUCUCUUUUGGAAAAUACCUUUCAAGCGCUACAAGCCGCAGGUCUUACAUUGAAACCGUCGAAGGUACAAUUUGGGCCAAAGGAAGUGAAGUAUUUGGGGCAUAUUCUUUCUGCAGAUGGCAUACGUUUAGGUGAAGAUCGGAUAAAAUCGAUACUAGAGUUGCCAACGCCAACAAACAUCAAAAGUUUGCGAUCAGUCCUAGGAACGGUCAACUAUGUCAGGAAAUUUAUCCCAGACUUAGCCGCCGUCAUCGCACCAAUGGUUGACCUUACGAAGAAAGACGCAGUGAAGUCGGUAGCGAAACGCUGGGGUCCGAAACAUGAUGAAGCAUUUGCCGAAGUGAAACGAUUACUCACCAACGCUCCUGUUUUGCAUUUUCCGGACUUUUCUCAAGAGUUUGUUAUCCAUGUAGACGCAUCUGAAGUGGGAGCAGGAGCAUUCCUGGCACAACAGAAUGGCGAUGACGUGAAUAUCGUAGCAUACUUUAGCCAGCGAUUCAACAAAAGCCAACAACACUACUCUGCCACCAUGAAAGAAUGCUAUGCUGUUACAUUUUACGUGCGUAACUGA